AACUCCAAAGAGGCCCCAAGGAGACAAAGACUACCUGUAAUGGAAGCUCUGUCUCAAGAGGAAAAAGAGGGGGAAACUAAUGGAAGAAGACAGGGCGAACGAUCGUGGACUUCAGCCCAUCACUUUAGCACCACUCUGGUUGCCAAUGGUCCUACUGAUGAUGGCAGCAUGUCCUCUGCUUGGCUGAGAGCUGGUGCAUGGCUGGUGAUGGCCAAGGCUCCCUGUGUGUCCCUGGGACUCGGAGCCCCAAGCCCACUCUCCCUCACACCUUGUGUCCCCUGCAGUCAGCAUCCUCCCUGGAAGGCCAGAUGAGCCGGAUCUUGUCCUGGAGGAGGUUGGCCCUCUAGGGGACAUAGAGGACGAGCAUCAGGAUGGCAGCACCAGCCGGCAGGGCUCAGAGGCAGCUCCAGCUUGUGACGAGGAGAACGAGGCCAGGGAGGAGAUGCCCAGGGGGCUGCCCCAGAUCCAGGAAGAGAAGGAAGAUGAGGAAGAAGACAGAGAGGAGGAAGAGGAGGAGGACCCUGAUAUCCCCCUGGAGAGCUGUCUGGUGACACAGGCCGGUGAGGACCUAAGAAGUGUAGGUGGGACUGAGCCCCGGAGGACCUCACGCCAGGAGGAGGCCGUGGACGCCAGCUCAGGAGGGCCGCGCCUCUGCCUGAGACCCUCUGGCCCCAGCACCAUGGCUAAACCAGGCCAGGAUACGGAGCUGAAUCGCCUGGUCCAGGACCAGCUGCCUGGCCAGGUGGCCCCCAGCCUGGCCCCCUCAAACCUGGUGGACCACCUCCCCAAUGUGCCCCGCUACCCCCCAAUCACCCGCAUCCCUGUGCUCAUCUCCCGGAGGACGGCCUUGUCCAACUCCAGCUUCGCCAAGGAGACCAGGAGCAGUGUCCGUCGCCUCGUGCCUGCCACGAAAGAGCACCCAGAAGUGCAGGUGGAAUAUGCUGAUGCUGACAGCCUCCCCCUCAUCGUGGAGGACAACCCACCCUCACCCCAGCUGCCACCACCUUCUCCUGCCAAAGCUGACACCCUCACGGUCCCGGGAUCCACCGAGGGGACCCACAGGAGGAGGCUGCCCUCCCAAGAUGAUGAAGCUGAAGAGCUAAAGGUGCUGUCACCAGCUGAGAGCCCUGUCGUCGCCUGGUCGGACACCCCCACCCCACAGGGCACUGAUGGCCAGGACCGGGCAUCCUCCUCUGCCAGCCAGAACAGUACCAUCAUCAAUGACCGGCUCCAGGAGCUGGUGAAGCUUUUCAAGGAGCGGACGGAGAAGGUGAAGGAGAAGCUCAUCGAUCCUGAUGUCACGUCUGACGAGGAGAGCCCUAAGCCCUCCCCAGCCAAGAAAGCCCCAGAGCCGGCCCCGGACACAAAGCCUGCUGAGCGGGGGCAGGCCGAGGAGGAGCAUUAUUGUGACAUGCUCUGCUGCAAGUUCAAAAGCCGCCCCUGGAAGAAGUACCAGUUCCCCCAGAGCAUCGACCCGCUGACCAACCUGAUGUACAUCCUGUGGCUGUUCUUUGUGGUGAUGGCCUGGAGCUGGAACUGCUGGCUGAUUCCUGUGCGUUGGGCCUUUCCCUACCAGACGCCAGACAACAUCCACCUCUGGCUGCUGAUGGAUUACCUGUGCGACCUCAUCUACUUCCUGGACAUCACGGUGUUCCAGAUACGCCUGCAGUUUGUCAAAGGAGGGGACAUCAUUACGGACAAAAAAGAGAUGCGCAAUAACUACCUGAAAUCUCCCCGCUUUAAGAUGGAUGUGCUCUGCUUGCUGCCUUUGGACUUUUUCUACUUGAAACUCGGCAUGAAGCCCCUUCUGCGCUUGCCGCGCUGUCUGAAGUACAUGGCCUUCUUCGAGUUUAAUAACCGCCUGGAAUCCAUCCUCAGCAAAGCAUACGUUUACAGGGUUAUCAGGACCACAGCCUACUUGCUCUACAGUUUACAUUUGAACUCAUGUCUGUAUUACUGGGCAUCAGACUAUCAGGGCAUUGGCUCUACUCAUUGGGUUUACGAUGGCGUGGGAAACAGUUACAUUCGCUGUUACUACUGGGCUGUGAAGACCCUCAUCACCAUUGGCGGGCUGCCUGACCCCAAGACACUCUUUGAAAUUGUCUUCCAGCUGCUGAACUAUUUCACGGGUGUCUUCGCUUUCUCCGUGAUGAUUGGACAGAUGAGAGAUGUGGUGGGGGCUGCCACCGCAGGCCAGACUUACUACCGCAGCUGCAUGGAUAGCACAGUGAAGUACAUGAACUUCUACAAGAUCCCCAGGUCCGUGCAGCACCGUGUCAAGACCUGGUAUGAGUACACCUGGCACUCUCAAGGCAUGCUGGAUGAGUCAGAGCUGAUGGUACAGCUUCCAGACAAGAUGCGGCUAGACCUCGCCAUCGAUGUGAACUAUGACAUUGUCAGCAAAGUGGCGCUCUUCCAGGGCUGUGACCGACAGAUGAUCUUUGACAUGCUGAAGCGGCUUCACUCUGUUGUCUACCUGCCCAACGACUAUGUGUGCAAGAAGGGGGAGAUAGGCCGAGAGAUGUACAUCAUCCAGGCAGGGCAGGUGCAGGUCUUGGGUGGCCCCGAUGGGAAGUCCGUGCUGGUGACGCUGAAAGCUGGAUCUGUCUUUGGAGAAAUAAGCUUGCUGGCUGUUGGGGGCGGGAAUCGGCGCACAGCCAACGUGGUGGCCCACGGGUUUACCAACCUCUUCAUUCUGGAUAAGAAGGACCUGAAUGAAAUUUUGGUGCAUUAUCCUGAGUCUCAGAAGUUACUCCGGAAGAAGGCCAGGCGCAUGCUGAGAAAUAACAAUAAACCCAAGGAGAAGAGCGUGCUCAUCCUUCCUCCCCGGGCCGGCACCCCCAAGCUCUUCAACGCUGCCCUGGCCGCAGCCAGGAUGGGUGCCAGAGGGGCAAAAGGCGGCAAGCUGGCCCACCUCAGGGCUCGACUCAAAGAACUGGCUGCGCUGGAGGCGGCUGCAAAACAGCAACAGUUGCUGGAACAGGCCAAGAGCUCGGAAGAAGCCGCGGGAGAGGCUAGCUCGGCUACUGGCGACCAAGCCGCGCCCCAGGAGCCCCGCGCCCCAGGCUCUCCUCCACCUGCUGCCCCUGGGGGUCCCCCGGGGGACGCAGAGGGAGCAGCCGUGCCGGAGGGGCACUUGGUGCAGAUCCGCAUGAGCCCGGGCCCGGACCCAGGCGAACAGAUCCUGUCGGUGGAGAUACCCGAGGAGGAGAAGAAGGAGGCGGAGUGAGGUGUCUCCGCGCGCCCGCUCACCGCUCACCCGCGGCCCAAACGAGGUCCCUCGUGGUGGCCUCAGUAGCGCUCAGAUAACAUUCCUGCCCUGCCAUCAGCUUCUCCCAGGGCUGGUCUUCAUAUCAACCAAUUUCCUAGUGUCCGUGUCCCUAAGUUCCCGCUGUCACUUGAGGACCCUACCUCUCCCCACUGUUACUAUUUUUAAGAACAAAAUUCUGUUCUAUUUUGAAAGUUCAUAGGGAGUGGAUAGAAUGGGGCUUUAAAACCAUGGGACGUUUUGUUAGAGACGUGAAGUUUCCCUUCUGGAAUUUGUCUCCCACAUUUCCAGGACAGAAAACUUGAGCAGAAAAGCAGGCAGUUGCGCUACGCGUUUGACUCCCUGGGAAUUAGGCACAUGUGGCCGCGUCCUCAGAGGCUGUUUUUCGUUGCUGGGCAAUCACAAUAGGAACACGGGGAGUUAGGGUGGUUAGCACUUACCUUCCUUAGACUUGAUUCUGUUCUGAGCCGAUGCUAUUACCCUAGAACAGAUCAAACGGAAAUGGACGUACUGGCCAGGGCUGUGAGCGCUUCUGAGCAACGCCUCUGCCGGUCAUCACCUCUCAUCAGCAGGGAUUAGCCUACUCCUUGCUUUUGAUACCCGUGCUAUACAGAUGAUGGUAGCAACUUAGAUGAAUCCUAGAAGAUGAAAUCUGACAGCUGGCACCCCUGAA